AUGUACCGUUCGGGUUCACAGCUGCGAGCAUGGGAGUGGAAUGCGCUCAUUGACUACGCGGGGCAGGGCUUCCGGAGGAUCAGAGUGGAUGACUUUCGAGCGGCGAUGGCAAUUUAUCACGACAUGGUCGCGAACCGAGCCCCAGGAGCAUCUCUGACCGACAUGGACCUCGGCUCGCCGGAUGAUGACACCCCGCCCAGGACUCAACCCGUAGAGCCGGAUAUCGUGACCUACACCACCUUGCUCAGUAACGCUCGUCGAACCCGCAGGCAACACCUCAUCCAGGAAGCAGAGGAGCUGCUGCAUUCCUCCGGACUCACCCCGAACCACGUUACGCUCUCGACUUACCUUCCGCACUAUGCUACCCGAGGGGACCUCUCGCAGAAACUCGACAUCGCCGCUGUUAACGCGUGCCUGUGGGCCUACGCGCGAAAUGGCAGACUCUCCGUCGCAGCGCUCAUUUAUCGUAUCCUGCGAAACCCAAUGCUCGCUCGCCAUGGUCUCCUCCCUGCGGACGCCCAGCCCCAAGAGGACAUUCAAGAGCUCGAGGAUUUUGAAGGCAUCACAAUACCUGCUGACCUCGAAGCGGAUGCCAUCACCUACUACUCCCUCGUCCAAGCCUACGCCUACCACGGCCACCUCCGCCCAUGCCUCUCUGUCUUCCGUGACAUGAUGUCAAGCCCCGAGCGGUCGCGGGGUGAGGACGAUGGACCCUUGGUUCCCAACCCCGCCCUCCCCCUCUUCCGCGCCAUCUUCUUAGGCUUCGCGCGCCAUGGCCAAGCCCCCGACCACGGCCAUAUCGCCCUGGCCCUCGCACAGCGUGGCGAGCGGCCCAUCAAGUCGGCCUGGAUGCUGGAGCCGCUCAGCGCGCUCUUCGACGAGUUCCUCGCGAUUCCCGCACAGCCAGAUGCGGAUGGGCGAGACAUGGUGUGCCCGAAUAGCCGCAUCGUCUACUGGCUGCUUUCCGCGUUCGCGGUGACGAGCGGCGCGGAUCGCGCGCUCCUGCGCGACGUGUGGGCACGGCUGACGGCGCGGUUCGGGGCACGGAAGUGGGACGGUCGCGUGCAGCGCUUCCGGGACAAGAUCUACGCGGAGGAGAUGGACGCGGAGUUCUUCGCGAGGUACAGUCCAUUCUGGUUCAUUGCGUUCGUCGUCGUGAAGGUCUGUGACAAGCCAUUCUAUGGGCAGUCGCCGUUCUCCUGGUAG